UAUUGUGCGUUCUGUAGUAAUCGCUCUUAAAAUAGCACAAUGCUCCUUCAAAGCUGGAAUGGUGUAAUUAAAGGGUUAGUGGUAUAUGGAAUAGGAGUUAUUGAAGAGGACAGCUGGGCUGACAUGGGGGAAGCCAGGAGCUGAUAUCAGAGGGGAUGGACAGGACAAUGUAAGGAAAGAGGAAAGGAUAAGAGAUGAAACGGACAUGGAAAACACCCGCUAUGAUCUAAUGGACUGUUGAAUAAUGGAGUGAAAGGAAGGAAAACAAGCAGUUAGAGAUUAUUUUCAGCAAUGUUAUUAAACUGUACCUGUCGCGAACAUCUCUGCUGUUCUCAUGACAUGAUUUCCUGGUGGCUUUAGCUUUGCUGUGCAACUUUCAAACUUUGUUCUGGGUCUUCUGAGUGUUGAGGGAAAUACACAUAAAGGAACCCAUAGAAAAGGAAGUAAAUCCUCGCUUAUUACCAGGUGAACUGCUGCUUUGUGAAGCAAGCACAGUGUACAAGUAUAUGCAAGAAGAUGGAUCAAAUCGUGGCACCUACGGGAAACUCGUGUGCACAAACUUCAAGAUUUCUUUCCUUGAUGAUGAUUCUGCUUCAGAUGAUAAUGAACCAGAAUUUAAGAAUAAAAUUGUAGGAGAAAAUGACAUAACCCUGCAAUGUGUAGAUCAAAUCUAUGGAGUUUAUGAUGAGAAAAAGAAACUUCUAACUGGACAGCUGAGAAAAUACCCGGAAAGGUUAAUUAUCUACUGUAAAGAUCUUAGAGUAUUUAAUUUUUGCCUGAGAUACACAAAAGAAGAGGAAGUGAAAAGAAUCGUCAGUGGUAUAGUUCAUCAUAGCCAGACUCCUAAGCUGCUUAAACGUUUGUUUCUGUUCUCUUAUGCAUCAGCUGCCCCAAACAACACAGAUGGAAGAAACCAAACUGUGAUGUUUGAUACACUCGAGGACUGGCGUGAUGAGUUGGAGCGGACCAAAGGGAAUGUGAAAUACAAAGCAGUGAUCACCAAUGAAGGCUACAGAGUGUCUGAGAAGCUGCCUUUGUAUUUUGUUGUUCCCAUAUGCAUUUCUGAAGAGAGUAUCUUGAAGUAUGAAGGCAGAGGCAUUCCUAUUUGGUGUUGGUCUUGCCAUAACGGUGCUGCUCUUCUCAAAAUGUCUGCAUUUCCCAAAGAACAGGACGACAGCACUUCACAAAUGCAAAAAGCCUUCUUGGAUGGAAUCUAUAAGACAAUUAGCAAACCUCCCUAUGAACUCCUGAAGGUGGAUGACUUGUCAAGCAGCCUUCCAUCUCUGCAAGAUAUCCAGACUGCAUAUACAAGAUUUAAACAGCUGUUUUUGAUAGAUAACAGUACAGACUUCUGGGCAACUGAUGUGAAAUGGUUUUCAUUACUGGAGAGCACAAACUGGCUAGAGAUAAUCAGGAGAGUCUUGAAGAAAGCAAUAGAAGUUGCUGAGUGUCUUGAAAGGCAGCAUACAAACGUUCUCCUUAUAGAAGAGACUGCUACUGAUCUGUGCUGUGUGAUAUCUAGUCUGGUUCAAGUGAUGAUGGAUUCAUACAGCAGAACAAAGUCAGGGUUUCAGAGCCUUAUUCAGAAGGAGUGGGUAAUUGGAGGACAUAGCUUUUUGGAUCGCUGUAACCACCUACACAAAAGUGAAAAAGUGGAGGCUCCUGUUUUUCUGCUCCUGCUAAAUUGUGUUUGGCAGUUGGUACAACAGUAUCCUCCAGCAUUUGAGUUCACAGAAACUUACUUAACUGUCCUGUCAGACAGCCUCUAUGUGCCUGUUUUUAGCACUUUCUUCUUCAACUCCCAACAUCAAAGAGACACCAGUACGAGUGGUGAAAGCCUCAAGACACAAAGUGGUCCUUUCAGAUUUCUUACCGUGUGGGACUGGUCUGUGCAGUUUGAUCCCAAGGCCCAAGCUUUUCUGAACAACCCUUUUUAUGCAGAGAAACCAAAACCAGAUAAAAGUCAACGGAAAACUGCACGAUUCAAACAUCAACGGCAACUUUCUUUGCCACUGACGCAGGCAAAGCCUUCCACAAAGAGAGGAUUUUUCAGGGAGGAAACAGAUCAUCUAAUUAAAAACAUUCUGGGUAGAAGAAUUGGCAAGUUCAUAAAUUCUUCAGACGAGCCUCCCAAUAAUUUAAGGGAGUUCUAUGAUAGCUGGCACAGCAAACCUGUUGACUAUCAUGGCCUUCUGUUACCUCGCAUCGAUGGCCCUGAAAUCAAAGUGUGGGCACAGCGGUAUUUACGAUGGAUCCCUGAAGCCCAGCUUCAUGGUGGUGGAACAAUAGCUAUAACUGCCAAGAUUUUGGACUUGAUGGAGGAAGUGCAAAGCUUGCAGGUGAAAAUAGAAGAAGAACAUAGUCAAGCUGUUUCCGGAGAUGUACAUUCUGUUACCACGCCGAGAAAUUCUGCCCGUUUGUCAUCCUUGUUUCCAUUUGCAUUACUCCAGAGACAGUCUGUCAAACCAGCUUUACCCACCAGCACCUGGAAGGACUUGGAAGAUGAAGAUGACUUGGUCAGGAGGGAUGACGAAUUUCUUGAUCUAAGUGGGGAUAUGUCAUAACAUGUAUAUACAUUACAGUAUGGAUUGUAUGUGGCUAAGCUCUGAGUUUAAAUGUUGUGCUGUAUCUUCAUAUAUGGAACUUGAGCAUCUGCAACCUGUUUAAUCGGUUUGUGGGGUUAAAAAACCUUGAUUGGAAAGAACUACUUGCCAUAAUUAACUGAGUGUGUUUUGAACUUCUGUUUCACUCUAAAGAUAUUUAUUGCUGAAACGUGUUUUUAGCAUAGGUGUAAUAAAAACAGGAGUCUUGGCUGGUGUAACCCUGUGGCCACUCUGUUUAAAAAAGAAAAACAACAAAAGAAUACUUUCUGCUGCAAAGGUGGAAUACUAAAUGCAUACCGCAGCAAUCUUGCCAUCUUAACAUAACACCUCUUCCCCUUAUGCUAAGAGUACUGGGAAUGGAAGUACUGUGAUGAGGAACUUAAUACAUCUGCAUUUCCCCUCCACAUAAAAUAAACAGCGAAAGGUGCAACUAACUGUGCAUUCAAGGAUGAGCUUUUGACAGCUGAGGAAUAAACCUGUGGUCACCAGGGGUUUUUUGUCUGCUGUUGCAUCAACAGAAGUCAUGUGCUUGCCCCCUCCCCUCUCACAGUGUUUUGUCUGUGUGUCACAGGUUGGCUGCUCUGAGCCUGUGCAUGUGCUCAGCUUAGGGUGAGAUGCAAGAGCUUGAUGAUACAUUUCAAGUCUUAGUGCUGCUGUGCUAUAUGCCCUUGCUGCCUUGGAAUAUUAAGUUUGCUGGUAAUGUUAAAAAAAUGGCCUGACUAUGAGAUUCUAAUUUGCCACAAGUGGUUUUUCUCCUUUCAGUAGAAUGAGAGUUUCAUUUUUAGUUUCCCCCGUGGAUACCAGUUGCCUUUGAGGCUUUCUGUAGCUUGCACCCUCCACAUAGCAGGGAAGACUCUUUUCCUGUAAUCCUGCAGUGAAGCAGGAUUUGCAGUCUGUUGCCACUUACCAUGGGUUGGUGGUACAGCUUAUGAAUGUGGCAUUUAUACCAUAGGACAUUUGCAUCCUGUUGCUGGAUGUUAUAACAGUACCUCAGUGAAAAAAGCCAUAAAGAAAUGCCUGUUGACUUGGAUCUACUGUGUGUAUGUUUAUAUAAAGUAUUUUUACUGCAAAUAAUUGUCCUUUUUAAAGCUCAAUAUUAUUUGACUGUCAAAUCUAUUUUGAACCCUUAAAUUCUAGAAUACACCAAGAAUGGAUUCAAGUCAUAAAAUCAGUUACACUGAGAGGUUAGACAUUGAAUAGUUUCUCUAUUCUCAUAGGAAUUUAGAAAUCCAUGCUGGAAAACUUAGCUGGUGGUUAAACUGUUGCUUAAUUUGAUCAGCUCAGUGAAACUGGGGAUAUUAAACUUUGUUACUGACUUAUCACUUCAUACUGAGUUGUAUUAAUAGAUAGCAACAAUUCAUCAGCAGCCCUCUAAAAAUAAUUUUUCAUAUGUUAAAGUAAAUGUAUUCAUGGGGAAAGAGGGCGAGCUUGAUGCAGCUAUGCCAAACAGAAGAUUCCCAAGUCUUGAUUGCCUUAAGUCAAAGUGCGAGGACAAUACUUGAGUUUGUUGUGUCUUAUUUAAAAAUACACUAGUACUUAUGCUUUCUUCUGUGAUAUGUAUGAUCUUACAGCUAGCACUUGCUAGAAUGGGCUGUACAGCACAUUUCCUUCAGACUUAGUUGUUGUAAUUCAUGUGAUUCAUGUAUGCAAUAAUACUUUGCAUGUUGAAUGAGCAGUGUAUUAUUAUGGUGAAGAAAUACUUGUCAUUCUAAGGUCAUUUGGGUUCAAGGGUGGGUUUUUUUAAACUACCGGUAGGAAAAAAAAUAUUAAAAUGAUUUUUCUAUACUUUUGAUCAAACUGUUGUAAUAUUUCAGUCAUGAAGAUUACAUAUUUAUGUUAAAGAACAGAUGUUGGACGUUUAUUUGUACAUAAGUUAUCAGAAGUAUAUAUAGAAGAGAAGCAUAUAUCUGGAAUUGAACAUGGGAACACUUCUAACGUAGAGUAAAUACCAUUGUUACUGGUUUUCUGCACUGAGGGAUUGGAAAUGUACUUCAUAUUUUUACUCCAGGCUUCUGUUUAUACCUCCAAGUUUUAACACUGAAUGCAAGCUAGAAGCUUUACAGAUUUUUUUACCUUCUUGUUAUUUCCAACAGGCUGUUUGAAGAGUGUCAAUAAAAUAUACUUUGAAAUA